AUGUCUCCCAAAUGUAAGCCAUCCUCUGCUACUAGUACCCCUGCAUCGGUACUUCAAAGACUCCAAAAUUCUGCCGGUGGAUUCUAUGCUGCUAUGCCAAGACUUAUCUGUCAUGUUGAAUAUUUCAUAGGUGGACGAGAUGGAAACAUUCUUGUCAGCAAGGGAGGCGGACUCCAACCCACAGAGUUUAUCAUCCGCGGUGUGUUUGAGAUCAGUCGCAAUGACUUUAGUUUCACCCCGGAUGGAAAUUUUAAUCCCUCAAACAUGUUUCAUGAAGACUUCCCGGAUAUCCUUGACAAUCUCGCUCAUUUCGAAGGAUUAAUCCCGAGGCCAGAAGAGUAUGAUAAACUCAGUGUCAUUCAUAACUCACUUGGCCAGAGAUCGAUCAAACUGAUGCAUGGUCUUUUUGAAGCCAAUAACGAUCAGCAAGACACUGCUGGCGAAGUUUACGGUGAUGAAAACUACUGGCAUGAUGGCCUCAACCCCGAAUUCAACAUUGCCACCUGGCCAGUGGCCGACCGAUGCAAAGGCCAUUUGGAAAGCCUGGUAUCAACCCAUAGCAUCUGCCCCUUGCCAGCAUAUGAUUCAGAUCAUAACCUCAUCCUACUGUCUCAGUAUGAGUCGAAACUGAAGGGUGCACUAGUUGAAGUGCACAUGGCGUUUUGUCACCAUCGAGUCAAAAGCAGGAAAUGUGACAUUUUCAGCACUGUUUUACGAGAACUCACCAUCCUGUUGCCACCUGCCGCAAUGCCAAGCAGCCCCUUCAAAUGUCAUUGUCUCAAUGCCGGUCCUUUGAAGGCAUUUUAA